AUGGAGUCGACAGCUACACACUACCUGUGCGACGAGGAACUCAUCAAGGCGAACUACGUGAAGGAAAUCGACUCUCUCUCGGGAGAACCCAUAUACAGGAACAGGCGCACUGGCUAUAUUAGCCGCCGGAAGCCAGUGUUUCUCGGCAACGAUGACCUGGAAACGCCGCGGUAUUUCGCCGCGUUGGACAACUACGAUCCGGGAAAAUCGGCCAUACCACAGUUCGCCGUGAUCAUCACCAACCAGGAAUUUGACUCCACAAAGAUCCCCAACAUCCCAGGGCAGGCAGUGCGACAACGACACGCCUCGAAGUACGCCACUCAGCCCAGAGCUGAAUCCCCAUUCCUCCCCUCAGCCCCUACACCCGCCGCCUGGUCGCAGGUGCUCGCUGACCAUGACGCUCUCCGAGAAACUCUGGAGCACCCUUACUUCUCCAAGUUUCAAUCGGGUGAUGACGGCAAGUUUAGCAUCGGUGCAACGUCAGCCGACAUUAUCAAGACCUGCUGCAGAAGCCAAUUGGGGGUUCACAUGCGGCGUUCUCUCUUUCUUUCCCUCAAGAUCUCCUCGACCAUGGCGAGGCUCAAGAAGGAAUCUGAGAAGAGAGCCAAGGCUCUAAGAAAAGAACGUGAGGCGCGGGCGUGGGAGCGGAGAAACGCCCGGCGAGCCGAGAAGGCGGAGGAGGAAGGCGGCGGUGGCGUGUCGAACGUCGCCCGCCCCCGCGAGGAAGGAGAGAGGCAGGACGGAAACAAGGGCGAAGAAGACGUAGACUCAGAAGAAGAGGAUAGAGACGAAGAGGAGGAAAAGGAGGAGGAGGAGUUUGACCCGGAAGAGGGAUUGCUCCUGGUGUACGUGUGCACUCAUGUGGCGGUGAUAUCCAGGGGAAAGGGGGUCGCCGGGACGUACUUGGUCGCCACGAAUACGAGCUGGAAAAGCAGGGAGCACCUCGCUACUUCCGCCGUCCUGCUCGAGACCUUCGCCGCAGCCAUAGACCGUAUACAGGCUACGGUGUUCCCGCAUAUUUUCACCGACCAUUGUCCCCUUCGGCCACCCCAACAUUUCGGUGUUCCCCUCUCCAAGCUUCGACACAAGGUACUGUUCCUCGACGUGGUUCAUACGGAGCGGGAGCACGAGGGCUUCAAAACGCGUCACCUUUACCCCCCUCGGGACCUCUACGACAGCGCGGCGGUGCUUUGCGGUGCCGUGGUGGUCGGGUCCUGCCGAAUCGGGCAGACGAGCGAGGUAGACUUGGAUGUUCUCCGUAGAGAGACGGCCGGCUUCUGGGCUUCUGUCGAGCGUAGACACAACGGCGGUGGCAAGAACAAAGCCAGAGGUGGGGUGGGUGACAGCGAAACGGAUCGCGCGACCAGCAGCGGGAGGAGUAGUUGUGGCAGCAGUGGCAGCGGCAGCGACUGCAGUAGUAGUGAUUCCGAGGGAAGCACAAGUGGAGACGAUGACGGCGAUGACCACGACAGCGAUGACAGCACGGAUCAAGAGAGCGGCAGCGAGUCUGGUAAGAGUAGUGAUGGGAGCUCCGAUGGCAGCGGGAGCAAGAGUAGCGGUACCGGGGGCAACCGGAGCGCCGGUAGCAGUACAGGCAGCGGUAAUGGUGGCCGUCGAAAUCAACGGAGUUACAAACACGGGGGAGGAAGCAGCGAUGAGGAUGUUCGCAACGCUUUCAGGGGAAACAAGCGAGAUAGAAGGAGGCAUCGCCUGCAGAUAAAAACGAGCGGGCGAGGAAAGCGGGUACCCCGAUCCCUUGACAGCCUGGCCAGUGGAAACAAUCGGGGCGAGACCAGCCCAAAAUCUGGCACAGUCCGGAAGGGCGCACUGGCUUCAGGCGGCGGAAGCGGCAUGGCCAAGGGUCAGCAGCACGAAGAGGGCGGCAUGCGAGCCUGCGCGGCGGUGUACGACAGGGCGAACUACGAGGAAAUCAUGAGCGUCUUCGGCCGUGCGGUUCGCGACGGUCUCAAGGGACAAUGCGUCGAGAACACCAAGCUCUCGCGCGUGCUCGUGGUUCACCUGUACGACUUCAUCCGGCGAGAGUUUUCGCCUUUCGCGCACCCGCGGUUGUCGGUAGCCCGGGAGGAGGCGGAAGCGACGGGGGGUGGGGCCGGCGGCGGCGGCGGCGUCAUUGGAGGCAAUGGCAAGAGAGAGAAGGCGGCCGCGAAGAAAAGGGCGGCUGCCGAGAAGAAGGCAAAGAAGGAGGCCGACAGAGCCGAGGCAAAGAGGCGGGCCAGACUCGGGGCUAAAGCGCUAGCGGAAGAAGUCCGACAGGCGAAGGAGGCCGCGAUGUUGAGGGAGGUAGAAGAAGAGAAACGGCGUCGAACGCAGGUGCCGGUGAUCGCGGGACCCAGCAUCUCCGCGAUCGCGAGAGCAACCACCUGCGCCUCACCGAGCCCGCCCCCACAGCCUCAAACCCCCUUCCCCAUAGAGAUCACCCGCACCUCCGUCCGCCUGGCUUGGGACGACCCACCCUUUCCGGGGGAGCCACCUUUCCUCUACGAACUCGAGGCAAAGGGUGACCUCAGGGGCAACUCGACAUGGGCGUCUGUGUUUCCGCCCCGAUACCCGUCGAUUUCAUCCCAGCCUGUUAACAUUUCCCACCGGGUGCCAGGCCUCGGGCUGAGGUACAGGGUACGGGCAUGCAACCACGGCGGGUGGGGGGCGGCCAGCGACCCUACAGAGGUGGUCACGACCAAGGCUUGGCUGGAGGACACGGGGGCGAACUCUGCUGCGCGCGCGAUGAAGUCACUGGCACGCGCUGGGGGGGCAAGGCUGGUUCUCGCAAGAAUGCGCCGCUACUCGGCCUCACUUCUCAAUCAAGAGAGUGGUUUCCACCAGCUGGUGGCGGAGUUCAACAAGGGGCUAGGCAUUCCGCGAGCCUCGCUGGCCCAGGAGGUGGCUGUCGUGGUCGCCGAUGCGAUGGAGGCGUUUUCACAGGUCCGAGGGAUUCAAGACUCUGGCCUCCUGCUCCUCGGAUGGGCUGCGAGGGGGAAAGGAGAAGCAGGGUCGGACGUUCUCUCGGCAGACCUGGUAGAGCGGUGUCUGGGUCUGGUCGCGACGGCGGAGAAGCUGCACUCGAUGGACGUUGCCAUCAAGGGCCACGCGAUCUGGGCCAGGUCCCACCUCCUCCGACGGGGAGAGGGAAGGGGCGACGCGGGGGCCAUUGUGGAGCAUAGCGUGGCCAGUAGCGAGGACGGCGUGUGGGCGGGCGCAUCAUCCUUGGCGGAACAAGAUGUGGGGCAGAGAUGA